CUCGCCCGUUAUAGACAUACAAAAAUAAGUUUUUAAGGCAGCUUAAGAAAAUAGUUUGUUGUUUUAAUGUGACUCAAUAAAACAAGAAAAAAAAAUAUUUUGUUUUAAAAAAAUACAUCGAAAUUUAGUGAAGUAGAAAAAAAAAUUAAAUAAAAAUUGCACAAAGAAAAUUAAAUUAAUCAACAAGGUGUUAAACCGAUAGCAAAAUUGAGUGAAAAAUGAUUUAAUUUGUUAAAAAGAAAGCAAAAUAUACGAAAAAAAAUAAUAUAAAAGAAAGUUUUCAUUGGAGAGAUAAGAGAGACAUCAUAGAGCAUAAAGACUCACGAUGAAUUUGUCAAGGCGUACAACUGUGAUAAAUAUAAUGCGCACCACGACCCUCCUCAUUAUACUCAUUGUCUUAGAGAUACCAAAAAUUGAAGGGCAUGGACGAUUAAUCGAGCCUCCAUCACGUGCAUCCGCUUGGCGUUAUGGAUUCAGCACACCGGCAAAUUACAAUGAUCAUGAGUUAUUUUGUGGCGGUUACACGAAACAGCACCAAGGAAAUGGCGGAAAAUGUGGCGAGUGUGGUGAUGCUUACGACUUACCAAUUCCUAGACCGCAUGAGUAUGGCGGUAAAUAUGGACAAGGUGUGACAGUUAGGAAAUACAAUCCCGGUUCAUCGAUAACAAUUCGUGUUGAAUUAACCGCCAGUCAUAUGGGUUAUUUUGAAUUUAGAUUAUGUGACGACAUUAAUGCACGACAAAAGUGCUUGGAUAAAAAUUUAUUAAAAAUUAUCAGCGGAAGUCCGUUUAUAAGCUUUCCAAAUGAUCUGUCAACACGAUUCUAUCCGAGAAAUGGAUCGAGAAUUUAUGAGAUUAGAGCUCAGCUUCCUAAAGAACUAGAAUGUCAAAACUGUGUCCUCCAAUGGAAGUACAUUGCUGGCAACAACUGGGGCAUCUGUAAAGACGGGCAAGGAGCUGUUGGAUGUGGUCCACAAGAAGAAUUUCGAGCAUGUUCUGAUGUGGCCAUCGGCAAAGGAGCUGUAUCAGCAAUUCCAACAAUUAAACCACCAGUUAAGGUUCCAGUUAAACCAACGACUGACAAAUGGCCAAUUAAUAGACCAGAUGAUACUGAGAAUGAGAUUGAUCAUGACCAUGAUGAUCAUAAUACUCAAGUUGAGACAAAUGAAGAAGCCAACAAACCAAAUCCAGUUUCAAAUUUCUACGGAGCAUUUAUCGCAAUGUUCACGUUUUUUCUCGUCUUACUUGCAAUUGCUGCAAUCUAUAUUUACUACUAUCACGGCGAUUUUUUGAAGCAAAUUUUGCGACGAGGACAAAAUUCACAAAAUCAAAAAGUUCCAUUGGACGGAUCAUCAGCAAGUUCAAUUAUAUCGACUGAUAUGCUUCCACCAUUGCCAAUCCGUCCACCACGAACAAAGCGACUCUCGCAAACAUUGAGAGAUAUUGAACACAACUCGUCUAGCAUAAUGGGAAGCGAUAAGGAUGUUGUGUAAUGAAUUAUUUGUAUUUUAUAGCUAGAAUUUAAAAAGAGUUUUACAAUAAAAUUUAAGAAGUUUCAAAAUUUAUACAAAAAAAA